CGUCACCGAACAACCAAACGUUGCCUCAACAGAAGACGUGACUAUCGCGACAGAACAACAAAGCAUUGUAGAAAGCGCAGAGGCGGUCUCAUCAGAUGAGCUUUCGCAAUUAUCUGUACAUCUGUAUCUACGAUGGCGAAGGUUGCUAUCGAACAACUCAAUGCGCAAGCAGUUCGUCUCUCAACGGCGAAAACCCGUCUCCACAAAUGCCAAGCGAUGCUAUGGCAUUGUUUAUCGUAGUGCGCCGGGUCUUGUAAUUGGACUUGCCUCCGCGUAUAUAGACUGGGCGGUCAGGGUCUGAAUCAAGCUAUUUACAUAUCACUUGUACCGAUUGGUACCCUUCAACUUCAAUUUGUGCGGCUUCGCAUCUCUUACACAUCUGUCGUUUUAUUAGUGCAACCCCCCACCCUCAUCAUAAUGGAGUCGUCAGACGCCAAAGAUUCGAGUAACAAGGAGAGAUUGGAAAGAACCGCGACACACGAAUCAUACACCUUCCAGGGCGCGAAAGGAUGGCAGAGAUGGCGCAUUUUACAACCCGGACGUGGCAUGUAUCACGAUGUCAAACGCAGAUUACCAUACUACUGGAGUGAUAUCACCGAUGCACUUACCUAUCGAGUCUUUGCUAGUACAGUUCGUAUGUACUUCGUCAAUGUUCUACCUGCUAUCGCUUUCACGCUCGACAUGUACCGCCGAACUGGCGAGUUCUUCGGUAUCAAUGAAGCUCUCUUCGCCUCCGCUUUAGCAGCAAUGGUCUUCAGCCUCUUCGCUUGCCAACCUCUCACCAUUGUGGGCGUCACUGGUCUUAUCGCCCUCUUCAACUACACCAUCUUCGACAUUAUCACUCAGUAUGAUCCUCCCAUCUAUCCAGCCUUUACCGCAUGGGUCGGUAUCUGGGCUGCCAUCUUCCACUGGAUCGUAUCCUUCGGCAACUUUAGUGACUACAUGGCUUAUGUUACCGACUUCUCAAGUGAGACAUUCGGCAUGUAUGUCGGAAUUAUCUAUUGCAUCAAGGGUGUGGAAGAACUGGUUUACCUCUUCGAAGUUUCCGAAUUCGAUGGCGGCUACCUUUCCAUCGUUAUCGCCAUCUGCUACUUUGCCUCCGUAUACGGCCUCGAGAAGCUUGGAGGAAGUACAUUGUUUGGUCCAGGCGUCCGUGGUAUCCUCGCUGACUAUUCCUUCGUCUUUCCAACUUUGUUCUGGGUCGGCUUCUCACACAUCCCCGGACGUUUGGAGAAUACUGGCCUGUACCGAGUCCCUAUUACAGGCGCCUUUGAGCCGACGCAGGACAGAAAUUGGGUGAUUGACUUCUGGAAUCUGGACGUCAAGUGGGUAUUUGCAGCAUUGCCAUUUGGUUUCCUGAUGAUGCUGCUUUUCUACUACGACCACAAUGUUUCAUCUCUUACAGCACAAGCCCGUCAAUAUCCUCUGAAAAAGCCCGCUGGCUUCCACUGGGAUUUCUUCCUUCUCGGCUGCACAUGCUUUGUUGGCGGUGUUAUUGGCCUUCCCCUUCCCAACGGUCUCGUACCGCAAGCACCUGUGCAUACCGACUCUUUGACAGUUUACGAAACGAAACUUGAAGUCACCAAAACGGAGGAUGGCGGAGAAAUCCGUAAGCCAUUUAUAGAGGCUACCGCCGUUGUUGAACAGCGUGUCAGUCACUUCUUGAUGGGCAUGGCUAUUUGGGGUACUAUGACCGGUCCUUUGCUCACGGUGUUACACACUAUGCCUGCCGCCGUCUUCGCCGGUGUGUUCUUCGUUGUCGGUUGGGGUUCAAUCGAAUCUAACGGUAUCGUCGCCAAGACCCUCUACCUCAUGUCCGAAAAGCGUUUUAUCCAACGCGAUAACCCGCUAAAUACCGUCUCCCGCAAGAAGAUCGGACUUUUCAUUGGCAUCCAGAUCUUUGGUGUCGCAUGCACAGUUGCUAUUUCGCAAACUAUCGCCGCUAUCGGAUUUCCCGUACUCAUCACCGCGCUUAUUCCGCUACGCACUUUCUUGAUGCCAAAAUGGUUCACAGCACACGAGCUAGAUGUUCUAGAUGCCCUAACGGCAGACAAUCCCUCGGUGCUUGUCAGCUUCGGUGGAACGCCGAGUGGCAUGAAGGCUGGUGGACCUAUGGAAGGCGGUGCUGGCGGCCCUCGUGAUGAGGAGGCACUCGCACACCCGCAUCCUGCCCAGCGUCAACGCGCUGGAAGUAUUCACCGAGAUGAAUAGUUGAAAAUGGGAAUGGCCACGGUUUAGAAAAAAUUAGUGAUUGAGCGAGGAGAUUUGAGAUGACGAUUAAAGGUUUAUUAGAGAAAUAUUCGCUUCAUGUAGAUAGG